GUGAUGGUGCUCGGAGGAGGAAGCUGGUGCGCGCGCUUCCCGCAGCGGCACGUUAACUUCGCCCUCCUGCUCGUGGGUUACGUCUUUUACCUGACCGUGGGCGCGGGGAUCUUCUCCGCCAUCGAGCUGCCCUACGAGGGCGAGCUGAGGCGGGAGGUGAGGGAGGUCCGGCGGGACUUCCUGAGCAACAACACCUGCGUGUCGGACGCGCGCCUGGAGGAGCUCCUGGCUCGCGCGCUGGAGGCCAAUAACUAUGGAGUGUCCGUCCUUGGCAACGACACGAGCCGGAACUGGAACUUCGUGUCCUCGCUGUUCUUCACCAGCACCGUGCUGACCACGACAGGUUAUGGCCAUGCCGUCCCGCUCUCAGAUCUCGGGAAGGCGUUCUGUAUUUUAUACUCCCUGCUUGGCAUCCCCGUCACGCUCUUCUUCCUUUCCACCACGGUGGAGAGGCUGGUGGUGCUGCUGACCCGACGCCCCGUCUCGUACUUCCACCGACGAUGGGCACUUUCCAGAUCCAAGCUGGCUGUGAUGCACGCCACGUGCCUCAGCGUCAUCGUGGCCCUGCUCUUCCUCUUCAUCCCUGCGUGGAUCUUCGUGGCUCUGGAGGAAGAGUGGAACUUUUUAGACUCUCUGUACUUCUGUUUCAUUUCGCUGACGACCAUAGGGCUCGGUGACUACGUCCCUGGGGAAACUCACAGUAAAAAAGAGGCCAACCCACAUCCACAUCUGUACCGGCUGGCCAUUACAGUCUAUUUGCUGCUGGGCCUGGUGUUUAUCCUGGUGGUGAUGGAGACGUGCUGCGAGCUCCCACAGAUGAGACUCCUGAGACAGAAGUUUUACCAAGAAGACGUUCGGGAGCUGGACUCUGAGACCACCAACAUCAUCGACCAGGACCACCUGAACGACCAGACGACUGACAUCCCAAAUCACAUGACUUUAGAUCAGCUUCCAGUCAUCUCCUCCGUGUCAGAACAGGCUGAAAAUCUGCGGCAGAACCACACUUCUGUUAAUGGAAACCUGAGAUAACUCCUAUCUGGGCUGUUGUUGUGGGGUGGUCUGGUUUUUAAGGAAGUCGUUUAUGAACUUUUCCUGCUGCUCAGUGUUAGCAUAAGAGUGAACAUACAUGCUGAACCUCUUAGUAGUUUAAAAAAACAAUUGCUCUCUGCCAAAGCCAACACAAACAUGUGGUGUAAAAGCAGGAACCGCCCACAGAUUAUCAGUAUGGUUUUGUUUGUUUUUUUUGCUCCAUGCUGCACUUUUUCUUGCAGAUAUUAAUCUUUGAGAGAGAGGAAGGGGCAUGGCCCCCCUAAAAUGAAGGAAACCUUAAUAGUUUCCACUCCUUGAUACAGCUGUAACUCCCAAAAUGCACAAUUUGCCCUGUAAGAUUUCAUUUCCAUUCUUGGAACAAUGCGUAUCUGUGGUAUUUGCAUUGGGAAUUUGCCUUCUCGGCAACAGUAAAGCCAGCAGACCUAAAGGCUCAGGCGUGUCAUCUAUUGGCCAAGAGUAAACCUUGUGCAAGCGUUCCAGGAAGAUACAUAGAUGGCAAAUGAAUAAAUAUUUGUCUUCCAGGAUUUUCACAGGUGUUGAUUGGCCUUCAGAUCCUGAUGACGUAGAAAUACGCGAGGGAACUUAAAUGUGGUGUUCAGUGUUUUCCACUAGAGGGCAGCACUAAGAUGUCCCGGGUAGAUUACUGUUAUGUAAACUGCUGCAUGUAUGACUGUGACAUAUGAAGGUAGUUUUCCCAUUAAUACAUAUUUUUUAAAGAUUAAUGCAGCUCUGAGCUGAAUGUACUUAACGGUGGAUAUUUUAUAACUGCAUGUUGCUGCAUCCUUUCCACAAAGCAAAAGUCAAAAUGGGAUGCUUCUGGGGAGUGGAAUAAUUUAUUUUCAUUGUCGUUUUCCUGGUUUAAGGGCUUUAGUAAGGGUUAGAACUUUGAAGUUGUGGUUUUUAUAAAAUCUUAUAAAUUUAAUAGGUAAAAAUAAACACUACAUAACCUGUGUACUGGAUUUUAGAAAGGGAGAAUAAAGCUCAAGCAACCAAACUGAACGUUUUAUAUAAACAUUUGUGAGUU